UGCGAAGAUCAGCGAAGAUCAAACUGACCGACUGCAAGUUGACCUCUGCGAGCGUCGCCCGCUUUUUCGCUCGAGGAUCACAGCCCGGACGCUCGGGGCACCUUCACAGUCCUCCCGUUGCACUCAACAACAACCUUGCCAGGACGCGCAAUGUCACAAUUCUGCACAAUGCCAGCUGGAGAGAAGAAGAAGCACGCGGCGGCCAUUUGUCGAGAGGUCCACAGCGGCGAGGGCGACGCCAUGGAUCUGGGAAAGAAGCACAGCACCCCCAAAGACAUCAUGCUGGAGGAGCUGUCGCUGCUCUCCAACAGAGGGUCCCGCCUCUUCAAGAUGCGCCAGAGACGCUCGGAAAAGUACACGUUCGAGAGCAUACGGAACGAGGCCAACGCGCAGCUUAACAAUGAUAUUCUUGCCCAGAGUGCACACAUGAUUGAAAUUAAAGUGGACGCGCCGACCAACGGCCAUACUAGCAAUCCAGAAGAAGCCGUUCCAGACGCAAACGCCGAGACGUUAAAUGCACCCCCGAUGCCCAAAUGCUACCAGUCACCCUGGGAGGAGGCCAUCAUCAACGAUCCAGGCCUGGCUGACACUUUCAAGGUGAGAAUGCCCCCAGUGGACCCUCGACCAGAACUUCCCGAGUACAAGAGCUUCAACCGGGUGGCGACCCCUUACGGCGGCUUUGAGAAAGCCCCGAGAGGGAUAACGUUCAAACUUCCGGAGCUGGACCUGAACCCUCCCAAGUACCCGGAGCUCCAGCAACCGGGACUCAAGAGGCCCACCUUCAACAGAAGCGCCCAGGGGUGGAUAUCUGAAGGCACACACCUCAUCCUCCCCACAAUCACCCUGGAGUCCAUCCAAGUCCCCGAGUCAGAAGACCUGUAAAGGGGGUCUCGGAAAUGACGGCGCUCCUGGGGGGAGGCGGGGCUCGCACCCCUCCCAAUUUUAUUUUCUAGCCACUCAAAGGACGACGAAAUCUAACCUCGGUUGAUUAGUGUGUGUGUGUGUGUGUCGUACACUGGGAUAAACGGCGUGUAAAUAGAAAAAAAUGGAAUGUGCUGCAAAUGAUGAUCGCGUGAAAGUUGACAGUACUUGUACACAUACAAAAAAAUAUGAAUAAUAAUACAGUACAGCUCGCUUCGUCGUGGAUGUCACACAAUCAACAAGAGGAAAAAAUUAAAAGAAAAACAAAAAGAAAGGAUGGAAAUCUAGUUUGUUUCGUCCACACAUGCAUUGGGUUCGCAGUUCAGGUCCAAGUCCUCACUUCCGACAGAAUGCUUACAUUGAGUGUUAAAAGUCUACACACCCUGUUCCAAUACCAAAAAAAAAAAAAAAAAAACCCCACACAAAUGUGACCUAUUCUUUUUAAGCAUCUUUUUGAGGAGUGAGUAAAAAUGAACAACUGAUGUCAUGAGCUUGCACAAGUUUGCACACCUGCUGAAGUGGAGUCUGUGGAACGGGACUCGUGUUCAGAUGUGUUGUGAGAUUUACUGCGGCGCCAUCUGCUGGAUCGGUUUGGUCAACAGAUGGUCCCGAUGCACGUGGAUCCUAAUGGCCAGACAAGCAUCCACUUUCUUUGCCGCUUAUGCUCACAAGGGUCGCGGGGAGUGCUGGAGCCUAUCCCAGCUGUCAACGAGCAACUCUGAACUGGUUGCCAGCCAAUCGCAGGGCACAUAGAGACAAACACCCUCACUCACAAUCACACCGAUGGGCAAUUUAGAGUGUCCAAUUAAUGUUGCAUGUUUUUGGGAUGAAACCGGAGUGCCCAGAGAAAACCCACGCAGGCGCUGGUAGAACAUGCAAACUCUACACAGGCGGGGCCGGGAUCGAACCUGGGUCCUCAGAACUGUGAACCAACGCUUUGGCAGCUGAGACACCGUGCCGCCCACCAAACA